AUGGGAAAUAGCCCGUCGAAAAAUGAACCCCUACCGAAAUCAUCAAAAAAUUCUUCAUCAAAUAAUAGCUCAUCAUCUAAUGGUACUAUCUCAGACUUAGAUUCCGAUGAAAAAUCGCCAGCGCUAUCGCAGCCUAAAACGUAUUCAAAUAUACGAUUAAUUUCAAAAGAUGAUAUUAGCAAAAAGAAAAAUGAAAUUAAUGACGAAAAGACUGAUAUCAAUAAACUGACAUCACAAGCUAUUGAUAUUAAAAAUACUAAAAAUAAAGAUGAUUCUAGGUUAUCUUUAACGAAUUCAACUACUUCAAGUAAUAGUUUUGGCUAUCCUAAAAUGCCUAGUAAAGCAAAGGGUUCAAGUUCAAAGUUUAAAAACAGUAAUGGUGAUAAUCAGUACCUUUUACCUUCAAGUUAUGAUUUAGAUAUAGGUUUAUCCAUGGCCCAAAUUUUAAAAGAGCAACAAAAUUCACCAUCUUCUUUAGGAUCACUGGACUUUUCGGUCUCCACAUCACCAAUAUUUACUACAAUUGGGAAUGAUUCAAGUAAGGAAACCGAUCUGCUUUCCUCCACGAGUUCUAGCUUCAGAAACGGUAAACAUUCAGAGUUUUUUGAUGGUAAUGAGAAUCAACAACAACUGCAACAACUGCAACAAAAUUUAUCUUUAGUUAGUAAAUUGGAUUCAAUAGCUGAAGCUCAUUCAAUAGAAUCAUCGCCAGAACCCAGCAAAUUGUCACAUGCAAACUUGAAAAAGCACAAUAAUGUUAAAAAGAAAUAUUCUUCACCUUUAGGAGUAACUAAAGAAAUUACCAAAUUCAAAUCAGAAAGCUCUUCUACGGUGACUUCAGUUUCUCCUCCAUUAGUCCCAACUUCAAAAAUUUUAAAUUUCGACAUUGACGCCAUCAUUGAAAGAUUAUUGUCAACCAAAAAGAGAUCUACCUCGAAAAAAUUAAAAGAUCAUCUUCCUGUUGAAAUUAAUGAAAUAAAAUUUAUUUUAGGUAAAAGUAGACAAAUAUUCAUGGAUCAACCUUCUUUAUUGAGAUUAUCACCACCGGUUAAAGUUGUUGGAGACAUUCAUGGACAAUUCCAUGAUUUAUUACGUAUUUUUAAUUGCUGUGGGUAUCCUCCUCAAUCAAAUUAUUUAUUUUUGGGAGAUUAUGUUGAUAGAGGUGAGAAAUCUUUGGAAACCAUUCUAUUAUUACUUUGUUAUAAAAUUAAAUAUCCCGAAAAUUUCUUCAUGUUAAGAGGUAAUCAUGAAUCGGCAAAUAUUACCAAAAUUUAUGGAUUUUAUGAUGAAUGUAAAAGAAGAUUGAAAAAUACAAAAAUUUGGAAAAAUUUUGUUGAUGUAUUUAAUUCAUUACCCAUAGCAGCUGUUAUUAAUGAUAAAAUAUUUUGUGUUCAUGGGGGAUUAUCACCUGAUUUAACUGACUUCAAACAAAUCGAAAACAUAAAAAGACCAACUGAUGUUCCUGAUAAAGGUCUUUUAGCAGAUUUGUUAUGGUCAGACCCUGAUUCACUGGUUAAAAACUUUUCUUUGAAUAAUUGGCCCAAAAAUGAUAGAGGGGUUUCAUAUUGUUUUGGUAAGAAACAUGUUGAUUAUUUUUGUUCAAAAUUUAAAUUGGAUUUGAUAGUUAGGGGCCAUAUGGUUGUUGAAGAUGGUUAUGAAUUUUUCGAUAAGAGAAAAUUAGUGACUGUUUUCAGUGCACCAAAUUAUUGUGGUGAAUUUAAUAAUUAUGGAGCUAUUAUGAGUGUCGACAAAAAAUUAUUUUGUUCUUUUGAAUUAAUAAGACCUAAUUAA